UUUCCACCCGAUUUUUGCUAUGUGGAGCCAAGCUAUGACAGGAAGUAAGUCAUGUAGCGUCACAUAGUUUUGCGAUGUAACGCAAAAGUUAUUGAGUUCUCUCGCAAAAGUUUUGCUAGCUCUUGGGAAAAUCCGUCUUUUUUUUAACCCAUCAUUUUUUUCUCCAUAUCCUUCCGUAAUUUAGUCACGUGGAUUUACAACUUUUUCCUCGUUAGAUUACAACUUGUUUCUCAAUUUUUGCUGUUGUCGUUUUUGUUUUUAGUGUUAAAUUAUAUUUGUAGAAUGUGCCGCGGCACUCUGGACACCCCUGCAAUAGCACACACAGAGUGAAGUGUGUGCGCGCAUAUCGAGAGCAACAAACCUUUUCUCAUUUUGGCAGUAAAAACAAGCCCAUUUUUAACAAGAUGAGUAGUUUAGGUUAAAGUCUAAGAGGAAAUUGUGUUCAGUGCGUGUGCGUGUGCGCGUUCUUGCUCACCGCCCCAUCAAGUAUUCUCGCUCAGCCUCCGUGGUCUCGGCACCACCGACACGUCAGAAGGUUCGGGAGGACUUUCACGGCUGAGGACAUGGGGGACAUUGGUAUUCGCUGGUAACAAACUGGGACAUCCUGCAGAAGACAGCAAGGGUGGACACCAUGAACUACGUGGGUCAGUUGGCCGGCCAGGUGCUGGUCACCGUCAAGGAGCUGUACAAGGGCAUCAACCAGGCCACAUUGUCCGGCUGCAUCGACGUCGUGGUCGUCCGCCAGAGGGACGGCACCUACCAGUGUUCGCCCUUCCAUGUGCGCUUCGGCAAGCUGGGCGUGCUGCGCUCCAAAGAGAAAGUGAUUGACAUUGAAGUGAAUGGAGAGCCUGUAGAAUUGCAGAUGAAACUCGGGGACAAUGGCGAGGCAUUCUUUGUUCAGGAAGCUGAGCAACUGAAUCUCGUCCCAGCCCACCUGGCCACUUCCCCGAUCCCAACAGAUAGCAACCUGUUCUGGAUAUCAGAGGCGGAGCACAGGCCGGUUGACCCAGAAGAUCGGCCGGAGACGCCCGCUCCCACCAGUAUGGCCACAAAAAAGAAGAAGAGACGAAGGAAGAAGCACAAAGGAGACCCCCGCAGAGAAGAACUGACCCCCCCCAUGGCGGUCACUGCUGCUAAUGCUAAUGCUGCUAACACACCUGUUGCUGCUGUGACCACGUCUGCGUCUACAUUGGGCCAAAAUGAGGAGAUCUUUGAGAUGGACUUGAGCUCUGAUGAGGAGGCUGUGGUGCAACAUGUCUCCAGAUCACCUUCUGGGUCCACAAUACGCGACAUCGACCCUAAACUACCUACGGCCAGACGCAACUUGGAUGGUUAUGCUUUGUCUGAUGGCGACUGGCCAGCAGAUGACGGCCACAGCUUAUCUCAGGCCUUUUCGCCCAAGAGUGACUCAGAACUGGUGGUGAGACCCUCAGAGUCUUUGCUCAGAGCUGAAUCCCACAUGCAGUGGACCUGGGGGGAGUUUCCAGAAACCACCAGAGUCACCAAAAAGGACAAAGCCGAACUAAUGAAGACAGUGACCAUCACCCCUUCAGAGAGCACCCACUUCCGUGUCAUCCUCAGCACGGAGGCCAUGGAGAAUGAGGGUGAGCUUGGUGGAAAAGAAGAUGCAGCCCCCUCUGUAUGCAGCAUCGUCAAGCCAGAGCCUCGCUGCCCCACCACCACUACCACGUGUGAAGGUCUUGUCACUCUCACAGAGCCUGUGGAUGUCCUGCCAUACAGUGUGGUCACCUCCACCCCCUCCAGCCAGCAGAGUGACUCACCCUCUAAAAAGAAAGGUGUCCCUAAGCGAAGCCAUCAUCAGGGCCCUGAGGACAUCUACCUAGAUGACCUGAAUGCACUUGAGCCCGACGUAGCUGCAAGAUACUUUCCCAAGAGUGAGGCAGAGGCAGCCAGUAAGCACUGGAUGGACACAGAGAUCCGGUCCGGUUCCCAGUCGCCACAGUCAGUUGGCAGUGCCGCGGCAGACAGUGGCACAGAGUGUCUAUCUGACUCCGCCAGUGACCUCCCUGACGUCACCCUGUCGCUGUGUGGAGGCCUCACUGAGAACGCGGAAAUAUCCAAAGAAAAGUUUAUGGAGCAUAUCAUUACCUACCAUGAAUUUGCUGAAAAUCCAGCAAUUAUAGAUAACCCCAACCUUGUUGUAAAGAUAGGAAAUAGAUAUUAUAACUGGACUCUAGCUGCUCCCUUGAUUCUGAGUCUACAAGCGUUUCAGAAGAAUUUACCAAAGGCUACAGAAGAGGCCUGGGUGAAGGAGAAAAUGCCAAAGAAGUCGGGCCGCUGGUGGUUCUGGCGAAAAAGGGCAGACAGUGCAAUCAAGCAGUCUGAGAUUAAGCUUGAAACCAAGGAAGAGUCUCACUUAGGGGAGGAAGGAUCCUCCAUUGCACAGGAGAAUCUCAUCCCACUGACUAAGACCACCGACUCAUCCAGCGAUGAGGAGGGCAAAGAGGUCAGUGCUGCGUCGUGCCAGGAGAGACUCCAGCUGAGUGACGGCCAGCAGCAUGCCAGGUCACACACUUACAGGAAGUCUCUACGCCUCUCCUCUGAUCAGAUAGCUAGUCUGAAACUGAAGGAGGGUCCCAACGACGUGACAUUCAGCAUCACCACCCAGUACCAGGGCACAUGCCGUUGCGAGGGCACCAUCUACUUGUGGAACUGGGACGACAAAGUCAUUAUCUCUGACAUUGACGGAACUAUCACCAAGUCAGAUGUGUUUGGACAGAUUUUGCCGCAGUUAGGGAAGGACUGGACCCACCAGGGAAUUGCCAAACUCUACCACUCGGUAGCUGAGAACGGCUACAAGUUCCUGUACUGCUCGGCCCGCGCCAUCGGCAUGGCGGACAUGACCAGGGGCUACCUGCAGUGGGUCAACGAUGGCGGCACCAUCCUCCCCCGUGGGCCUCUCAUGUUGUCCCCCAGCAGCCUCUUCUCGGCCUUCCACAGGGAGGUAAUCGAGAAAAAGCCGGAGAUCUUCAAGAUCGAAUGCCUCACCGACAUCAAGAACCUGUUCCAGCACAGCAAGCAGCCCUUCUAUGCCGCGUUCGGGAAUAGAGCUAACGAUGUGUUUGCUUACAAGGAAGUUGGAGUUCCCGUCUGCAGGAUCUUCACCGUCAACCCAAAGGGAGAGCUGAUUCAGGAACAGACGAAGGGCAACAAGUCCUCAUACGGCAGGCUGAGUGAGCUAGUGGAGCACGUGUUUCCGCUCCUGAGCAAAGAGCAGAACGAGGCCUUCGUCAUGCCCGAGUACAGCUCCUUUUGCUUCUGGAGGCAGCCCAUACCCGCUGUUAACCCCGACGACCUCCUCUGAACCCUGAGGCGCUCAGUUACACACUGAGGAAGUACUGGCAGACUGGCAUCACUUUGACACGUUGUGACUCACCACCUCAGCACGACCACAACAAUGCACUUAAGUAUGGAGGAUCAGAUAUUUGAUGGGAGUUAACUAUAAAAGCAAAAGAGAGAGCGGCACUAGUGGUUUGCUGUGCAUGCGACAAGGAAUCGUUUGCCAAAUAACACACUGUGCGGGAGGGAAAGGUGCGUUCGUGUUUUUUUCCCCAGGCCUUGAAGCACUUCUGGACUCUGGACUUGCGGCCAUCAAGUGAGCGUGUUCUUAAAGGCUGCUGUGGUCACUUUGUACCGAAUGAGUCACGCUAGCUAUUCAAGUCAUGCCACUCUCUCCAACUACAAGGCUCACUUAAAAGUUCUAUUUUUUGGGACACACAUUACUAUUAAAAGGAAAUGGACAAAAAAUAAAUAAGAUAACAUACGUAACAUUCAUAUUCAUGAUGGUGUAAUACCUCCACUCACCGCUGAAUCAGUGUGUGAGUCAUUUAAUGGCGCGCUCGUUAUUUAUAAUGAUACUUGAUAUGUUUAAGUUAUUAUUGAUCGUCAUGAUGCCUUUUGCUUUGCCUGAAGAAUUUAGUUGUGUAAGUCGCUGGACAACAUGCACUACAUGUUGGCAAGAAGCAGUCUGUUUGUUGUUUUGAAGUAGUGUCACAUUCAGUAGUGCAACUUAAGGUACAGUCCUCAUCAGAGCUCUGCAGCUUUACUCUUUAAAUGUGUGUAUAUCAUAAAUUUAUAUACAUAUUCACACUACCAGUCAAAAGACACACACACUCUUUUUUUGAAGCAUUUUGUCUGCAGGGGUCGUCCCAGACCAAAAAAAAUAUGGAGGAAGUGUUUGGGUCCAUGCGCUGGUGUUGCGGCAUUCUCCCAUUUAGUGCCGCUACUGAGGUGUAAUAUCCAAAUGCACUUUGUAGGGCAGGGAACGAGUUUGUCACGAGCACUUCAGUGCUGUUUUUGGUGGACAGAAAAGACACGAGGAUGCAGUUAGUGCAGUGUGAAGAAGAGAUCACACAGAGAUCCUAGAGCUAUAACAGAAGAUCUAGCAUUUAUACGCCUGCGCCUUUCAUGGUACACAUGGCCCAGUCAGGUAAUUACAUGCACAAAGACUUCAGAGGCAGCAUCUCUUAUAAAGAAUCAAAUAUUUGACGGAUAGUGACAUUUGCUUUCAACACAACAGCAAAGGGAAGAGCAGAAAGCCGGGACAGGGAUGUUUGACAUGUUGGUUUUCUGUGUGAACAGUAUUGAUACAGAAUGUGGGGGUUAAAGUUGACCCUGCAAUUUCCUGUCUUCGGAUGUUGUAUCAGAGCCGUUGACUGGCUCAGGUAGUAUCUCAGCCAUAACAGGCCGCCUGUGUGAAAGGGAAUUGCGGAAAGUCGAGUCCCAAUGAAAUUUGACACCUCGUCACACCCACUGUCCCAGCUUUCUCGGCUUUUCAUGUUCAUCUUUCACUGGUGGUACUCAUGUGUGAACAGCACCAACAUUAACUGGGCAGGACAAAAUUGACCUGGUGAUUUCCUUGCAAAGGCAGUUGGCAUCGGAUGUAGCGUCAGAGCCAUAACAAGCCGUCUGUGUGAAAGGGGAUAGUGGAAAGUCAGACUGAUCGGAGUCGUGUGUGAAAGCACACAGUUACAGAAAUUUGUCACUUUGCAGGGUUCUGAGUGUAAGACACAAGCAGAUAAAUACUGUUUGUUGUUGUGGCAUUUUGAUGGCGUCUGUGUGAAAGACUCAUCUCAUACAACCUCCAGAGUUGGAAAACUGCCAGGUCAGUCCUCAGUCCUCAGUCCUUGUCAGUGCUGUUGACAAUACCACAUCACAGGAAAAAAGCUCUAGGCUAAGCUAGUGUGCGUCUGGUGUGUGUUAGCAUGUUAGAGGUGGGAUACUCUUUGUGCUGGCGGAAAUGUGUUGACUAAAGCACCUUGAAGUAACUUGCUAAGCUGUGCAGUGAAUGAGUACAACAUUUAUGUUUUUGGAUAUUGUACAUGGAAUUUUUCAUAUGGUGUGAGUGUGAGGGAACCUUAGUUUAUCUUGUCCAAACAGGAAGUGUGCAUAGGAAGUGCUUUGUGUUAUGGGCAAACGUGUAACACUCUAUGAGGACUGAGCAGAGCAGGACUUGAAGCACAAUUAAUGCUGACGACUGAAGCGUCAGUGUUAGCCUGGAAGUUUUUCUGUAAUGGUUGAUUGUUGCGCGUUAUGUAAACCUCAUUAGUGAAAAGAAAUCCAUUCUUUCUAUGAAAGUAAAGCAUCUUGUGUGAACAGCGCACACGUCGUCCUCGCCCGUCCUGGGACAAGUCUGUUUUUUUUAUUAUAGCCUAUAUUAUGUUUGCGCUUCCUCUCAAUACAUACAACAACAACAACAAAAAAGAAAAGAAGUUAAUAUAGGACGGAUUGGUCACUUUCUUCAGUGUAGCUUUUUUUGUUUUGUUGGAUCAUUUCCUGUAAAGUGAAUGAUUGCUUUGGACGUGAUGCUUGCUUACGUAGCAUGUCAGGAAAGUGUCCGCCGUGUACAUCUGUAUUGAGUUAUUGACAUUUAUGGAAUCUUUAAAAUAAUAUCAAAGUGUAAAAAAAAAAAGGCCUAAUGAUGCAAAGAGAUUGUGUUUCUCUUCUGGUCUGGUUUGUAUUGAAUAAAGUUUCUAACUGAA